AGCAUCAGCUGUGGAGAGUCGGGGAGGGACAAGCUUCCCUCACUCCUCCUCCCUUUGCUUUAAUAUCCCUACAUUUUUUAUCUAACUUCUGCGAAGAGGAGCAGCAGCAGCGACUGGCUGCUUCUGGCCCUGCUUUCUAUUAUUAUUAUUAUUAUUCAUUUAUUUAUUGCUGGGUCUUAUUUCUGCUCUCGGGAAGAAAAAAAAGGGUUUCCUGCCCGGUGCGUCCAGGACACCGGGUGCAGCUGGAGUGACUCGGAGCAAGUUUUUCCACCCCCCCCCCCCCCUUACAUUCUGCCCCUGAGGAAUGAGAGGAGUGCCGCAGAGGAAGAGCCCGAAGUCGCGCGUUUGAAUGAACAAAAGACGCGAGGGCGAGGAGUGCGCCGCCGCCGCCGACAUGGAUGGAAAUGCAGGGGCCACAUCUCCCUACUCGGAUCUGAAGACAAACCCCAUGAGGCCGGACCCGGAGGGGGAGAGCAGCCCCCCGAGCACAGACAACACCCAGAGAAUGGAGUCUCCAGUCAAGAAGGAAAUCGACCGAAGGUUGACUACCCCCAGGAAAUCUGAUAUCAUCCCUGGAUCACCGGCAUCACCGGCAUCACCGGUUCCCAGGUCGAAACAAGACCUCAUGAAGUCAGAGGAGAGGCAGAAGCUCGCCAAGGAGCGGAGGGAGGAAAAGGCCAAGUAUCUGGACGAGGUGAGCAAGCUACAAGCCGCCAAAAAGGCCCAGUGGCUGGAGAAAGAGGAGAAGGCCCGGCAGCUGAGGGAGCAGCAGCUGGAAGAGCGCCGCAGGAAGCUGGAGGAGCAGCGGGUCAAGGCGGAAAAACGGCGAUCUGCCCUGGAGGAGCGACAGAAGCAGAAACUGGAGAAGAACAAAGAACGCUAUGAGGCGGCCAUCCACAGGUCGACCAAGAAGACGUGGGCGGAAAUCCGCCAGCAGAGAUGGUCAUGGGCCGGUGCGCUGAGCCAGAACUCCAGCCAGAAAGAGGGCAGAUGCUCAGUGUCAACGGUCAACCUGCCCAAACACGUGGACUCUGUUAUAAACAAGCGACUCUCCAAGUCCUCCGCCACGCUCUGGAACUCCCCCGGCAGAACCCGUAGCCUUGCAUUGAGUCCAUUGGAAAGCAGCAUAGUUGACCGGCUGAUGACACCGACGCUGUCUUUCCUCGCCAGGAGCCGCAGUGCUGCCAGUGUCCUCAGCAAUGGCAAAGAUGGACACUCGCCCCUCUGCCCCCGUUCAGCCUCGGCCAGCCCCCUCACCCUGUGCGCCCACCAGCCCCAUCACCGCUGCUCCGACCGCUGGAGGGUGACGUCCAGCACGCCGGACAUCACACAGCGCCAAGGCAGACGGAGCUCCACGCCGAUGGAUAAAAACAAGAAAGAGAAGAGAGACAAAGAGCGAGAGAAUGAGAAGGAGAAAAGUGCCCUCACCAAGGAGAAGGUGAUCAAGAAGAGGCAGUCUCUACCGAGUAUGAGACACAGGCCUGAUCCAAGCCCGAGUCCUUUGUCGAGACAGCGGCCGUCAUCGCCAGCCACCCCCAAGGGCAGAACUGCCUCCCCGAGCCCUGCUGCCUCCCCCAAGCCCCCAUCGACACGCGGAAGCCCGUCGACUCCCAAGGCCCGGCCCAAACGAGCCAGGACCCCUGCCAGGAUAGACCGCCGCACCUCGUCCCCUGCCCCCCUCGAGCGACUGAGGGAGCCUCGCAGGGCUGCCACCCCUGAGGAGAGAAAGGGUUCUCCUGUGGUUCCUGCCGUCUUAGUAUCCUCAGCUGGCGCCUCGCCCCGUGCAUCGCCGGUCACCACCACGGCCGCCGCCUCCUCCCCCUCACCUGAGCCAACCCACUCGGCUCCCCACGUCCCCGCAGCGUCGCCGACACCCUCGCCGUCGGCCAAGCCCAUGGCGGGCACCAACGACCCGGAGGAGGCGGCUCGCAUCCUGGCGGAGCGACGCCGGCAGGCCCGGGAGCAGAGGGAGAGGGAGGAGCAAGAGCGGCGCGAGCAGGAGGAGAGGGAGAGGAUCCUGAGAGGCGAGCGAAUUGCGAGGGAGGCGGAGGAGAGGCAGCGCAGGGAGGAGGAGGCCCGCGCCAUGGCGGAGGAGCAGCGGAAGAGAGACGAGAUACAGCGUCUGCAGGAGGACAAGGAGGCUGAGGAGAGGGCCAAAGCCGAGCAGGAGGAGAACCUACGCCUGCAGAAACAGAAAGAAGAGGCUGAGGCGAAAGCCCGGGAGGAGGCGGAGAAGCAGCGUCUGGAGAGGGAGAAACACUUCCAGAGGGAGGAGCAGGAGAGGCUGGAGAGGAAAAGGCGCCUGGAUGAGAUCAUGAAGAGGACACGUAAGACGGAUGGUGGCGAGAAGAAAGAGACAAAAUCCUCUCCGCUCGCACACGUCAACCACAAGGAGGCAGAGAGCAGCAAAGCAUCUGCUGACUACCAGCCAAAGCCAGAGGUCAACGUGCCCAAUAACAAGACCGAAAAUGGACAGACUAACGUCAAAGAAAGCAGUCCUUCGGUCCAGGUGGUCAAUGGGGUCCAGCCCACUAGACAUGAAAACGGCCUUUACACUAAAGGAGACACUUCCCCCUUUGACGAUAUCCUCCACCUCGCCAACCACGGCAACGCCACCAACGGAGCACGGGAUAAGUCUGAGACCAGCAUGACCCCCGGGCCAAUACUUGCGUUCGAAAGCGAGGAGUCGUUCAUUAAAAAGGCCGGCCCCUUGAAGCCGCAGCAUGUCGCAGAGGUCCUGUGACAUGUUCCCGUGUUGAAGUGCUCGUUGCCUCAGGCCACUGACCUCUCCCAGCCCUGCCAUCGCUGGCAGGGGGAGCAACCCCCCACCCCCACCUCCCACCUCCCACCUCCCACCGUGACCUGUGCCAAUCAACAAUCUCCUUCGGAGCUUCUAAGAGCGAAAACUUCUCUCUGAAGAUAUAAUGCGGGCCGCGGAAGAUGUAGACCGAGCAUCAGGACAAGAGGAGACAUAAAGACAUAAAAGAGGAUGAAGGUCGUUGCUGCAUGCAACCCGGGUGCAUCAGUGUUGAGGAGAUCUUUGGUGGCACCGAUUCCAGGCACCUUAUUAGUCGACAGUGUCAUCCUUUGGACAUCACAGUACAGCUGAGUUAUCAUUAUGAUACGUUGAAAAAGAAAAGAUUCAAUUUCUUUGUUCUUUAGCUAUUUAACUGAAAGAGAAGUAUAAAAAAAAAGACUGGGUACAUAUUUUGUGAAUAAUGUAAAUGAACUUUUUGUGUCGGACGAAGGAGGAAAGGGUCUGUGGAUUGAAGCUGUAUGAAAGGGAGUCAUUUUAUGCUACUCUGCUCUGAGUAGUAAGUAAAAGCCCAGGUAUCACUGUAUAUUGUACAUCCUGGUCUGUAAAAAAAAGCUACCUGUAACAGAUUUUUGUAAAGUUAAACUGAGAAAUCUGGAUGGAGAUUUUGAAACCCAAGCCCACAUGCGACCGCUUCUUACUGUGCGUAAACAUACCAUCUGUUCAGAUCGAUUGUAUGCAGAAUUGGAUGUAAUAAUGAUUGUGCAACCUCGACAACUAAGAAAUACGAAGUCAUCUGAGGUCAAAUCCCUAAAAAAACAGGGAUUUACUCGGUACAAAACCGGUUUCACAUGUGCAAACCAUGACUCGGUUUCUCUCAUGCGCUUUUGAGAUUUCACGGUCUCGUGUGUUUGAAAUGCUGGUGCGUGUAAAUGCUACAACUAUAUUUUGAUGUGUGUUCCAAGGUCAGUGGGAGUAUCUUAAGUCUUUAUUAAAGACAUGCUGUCCAGUC